GAGUUCUGAAUGCAUAGCCUGCUGCCUGCUGCCUGCUGCCUGCUGCCUGCUGCCUGCUCUAAAACACAUUACAUCGUGUUCUUGGUAAUUGCAAAUAGGUUUACAGUAGACUGAACAGGUAUGCUUAUGUCAACAUAUUACAUAUCAAUGUGUGCAUCAUAGCUGACACUGCAGAACCUUCUUACAGGCACACGUGAUUGUUUAAAACGCCUCUGCGAAAUGCAAAACAAGAACAAAUGUAGGCAUUUAAAAAAUAAAAAAAAAAGGUAAUUAAUGUAAUUUUACUUGCAAAGUGACAACUUUGUUAUCGUGUAUGCAUGGCAUGCAAAGGUUUGGCUGUUUCUGUGUGCUUUUCCAUUCCAACCCGACCGCUUGGUGUGCGCGCGUGCGUACAGUCCUAACGUGCGUGCAUGGCAUGCGCUCAGAGACAAACGGAAAGAGAAAAUGAUGUUGCAGCGUGGAGCUAGCGCCAAUGAUUCGAAGGGAACCUGCCUCUUUAAGAAGACGCUCUCCUGUUGCACGGGGAGGCUGGCCCGGUGUUUUUCCACUAAUGCUCACCCAUUUUAAGAGACAAAGGUCAGAAAGAAAACCUUAUAAAUAAAAUUUACCACCGUAAUUCUCACUAUUCAACACCCGUCCGCCGCACUACACUGAGAAAACAGAUACGUUCUAAAGGAAAUUAACGGAAUUCAAGUCAAUACAGCAUGGCACAGAAAGAGAAGCUCCAGUGUCUGAAGGACUUCCAUAAGGACACGCUGAAGCCUUCCCCAGGGAAGAGCCCUGGCACCCGGCCUGAGGACGAGGCAGAGGGGAAGCCCGUCCAGAGGGAGAAGUGGAACUCCAAACUGGACUUUAUCCUGUCUGUCGCUGGCGGCUUCGUGGGUUUAGGGAACGUCUGGCGUUUCCCAUACCUCUGCUAUAAGAAUGGCGGAGGUGCAUUUCUCAUCCCGUACACUAUCUUCCUCUUUGGCGGCGGUCUCCCUGUGUUCUUCCUGGAGGUGGCCCUGGGACAAUAUACCUCCGAGGGUGGAAUCACCUGCUGGGAAAAACUUUGCCCCAUCUUUACUGGUAUCGGCUACGCUUCUAUUGUGAUCGUGUCCCUCCUGAACAUCUACUACAUAGUGAUCCUGGCCUGGGGUUUGUACUACCUGUUCCAGUGCUUCCAGCCGGAGCUGCCCUGGGCCAAGUGUAGGAACUCCUGGAACACAGACCGCUGUGUGGAGGACACCGUCCGUAAGAACAAGACCCUGAUGCUGGCCGCUAACAUCACCAACUUCACCUCGCCUGUCACUGAGUUCUGGGAACGUAAUGUCCUCAGCAUCUCCAGUGGAAUUGAUGAGAUCGGGGAGGUCAAGUGGGACCUGGCCCUCUGUCUGUUGGGGGUCUGGGUUAUCUGCUUCUUCUGCAUCUGGAAGGGAGUCAAAUCCACCGGAAAGGUUGUUUACGUCACCGCUACCUUCCCUUUCGUCAUGCUGAUCAUUCUGUUGAUCCGCGGCGUAACUCUGCCAGGAGCUUCUGAAGGAAUCAAGUUCUACCUGUACCCAGACCUGCAACGUCUCAAAGACCCCGAGGUUUGGAUUGAUGCUGGCACUCAGAUCUUCUUCUCCUAUGCCAUCUGUCUGGGAGCUAUGACGUCACUGGGGAGCUACAACAAGUACAAAUACAACUGCUAUAGGGACUGUUUGCUGCUGGGAGGCCUGAACAGCGGUACCAGUUUUGUGUCUGGCUUCGCAAUAUUUUCCGUCCUGGGCUUCAUGGCACAAGAGCAAGGGGUGGACAUUGCCGAUGUGGCAGAGUCAGGUCCUGGCUUGGCCUUCAUUGCCUAUCCUAAAGCUGUGUCUAUGAUGCCGCUGCCAACCUUCUGGGCUAUCCUCUUCUUCAUCAUGCUUCUGCUGCUGGGUCUCGACAGUCAGUUUGUGGAAGUGGAAGGACAGAUCACUUCCUUGGUGGAUCUGUAUCCCUCCUUCCUAAGGAAGGGUUACCGUCGGGAAAUUUUUAUAGCUAUUGUGUGCUCCAUAAGCUAUCUUCUGGGACUUACCAUGGUUACUAGGGGUGGCAUGUAUGUGUUUCAGCUCUUUGACUACUAUGCAGCCAGCGGUGUGUGUCUUUUGUGGGUUGCAUUCUUUGAAUGUAUUGCUGUAGCCUGGGUUUAUGGCGUUGAUAAUUUCUAUGAUGCGAUUGAAGACAUGAUUGGCUACAGACCAAAUCCCUGGAUGAAAUGGAGCUGGUCUGUGAUCACGCCUCUUCUUUGUGUGGGUUGCUUCAUUUUCUCCUUGGUCAAAUAUAAACCUUUGACGUACAACAAGGUCUACGAGUACCCCGACUGGUCCAUCGGUGUGGGCUGGACUCUGGCCCUGGCUUCUAUGAUCUGCAUUCCUAUGGUGGUGGUCAUCAAGAUCAUCCAGUCCGAUGGACCACUCAUAGAGAGGAUCAAGGCUGUGGCGGCUCCGCUAGGAGGUGCUAGCUCCCGUCCAGCCGACCACCGUUCUAAGGGCAAGGCUUGCGAGCUGUCCUACCCGCUGGACCCCAACGGGAACAACGGCCUGAUCAAGCCCACCCACACUAUUGUAGAAACCAUGAUGUGAGCGCUCUCUGUGAGAGGAAAGAUUUUUUUUUUUUUUUAAAUACCCGCUUUCUAUGUUAUUAUACCUUAUUAUCGCUAAACUAGUUGUAGGACCAGGUUUACAUGUAUCUGCACUAGGACGGUUCUUUUUUUGUUUUGUUUUCUACAGAGGAAGUUACAUUAUUGGGUUUCCUGUCUAUGUUUUUAAUAUUUUUUUAUUAAACUAUUGUUAAGAAUAUUACUGUUAUUAUGAUUGGAUGAAGUUAAAAGUAAAAAUAAAAAAAAUUGAUCUCCAAGUCACAUGGAGCAGCAGUAUCUUAUAAGAACAGAAUCAGAUACCUACUUAUUUUCCCCUGUUGAAUUAUUAGUGGUCUGUCUCUAUUUUGGCGUGGAUACUUAAAAAAAAGAAGAAAAAAGAAGGCUGUAUAAAACCCGGAAGAAGGAAAUGUGUGUCGUGGUUUCAGCUGUAACAUUUGAUCAACCUAGUUGCUCUGAGCUUUUAACUAAUGUCUAUAGUAUGAUAAUAUUGUGGAGGUGGUGCCUCUUGUAUACAGUGAGAUUACUCGAGUGUGUUUUGUCGUUGAUGUUUGUUGUAAAAAUUUACAGCUGAACCUGAACGUACCUCCACUACUAAGCUGAGUUCAGGGUCCAAGAACAUCUCAUCUACAGUUGCGGGCCACUAAAACAAAACAAAAAUGAAACCCUGUACCUGUCUGCUGUACCGGGUUUUGUGACAAACAAUUGCUAGAAGGCACUUGAGCAUCUUGACCCAAUUGUUUUGCCAGUAUAUAUAUAUAACACUGCAGUGCAACCUAACGUUUUAGUGCCAGCAACUGUACUUGGCUGUGGAGGUACAGACCUGUCCUUCCUGUACGGUGUACUGUGUACAUACAGUCAGCCCAACUCCAUUUUAGACUACAUCGGUGUGGAGACUACUGCUACGUACCAUCCAUCCAUCCCUGUGCAUACAGUAGCUGCAUAAACACGUGUUUAAAGUC